UACUGAAAUUGUUAAAAAACAGACUGAUUUAAGAAAUAAAAUUGUUAAUAUUUUGGUUUCUAAAUUGAAAGAUAAUCUUCAAGAUAUUGGAAAUAAGACAAUUAAGCAUUAUGGAUCAGUUAUCAAAACUGGUUAUAAUGAAAAUG